AUUCAAUUUUCAGUUUGCUUUGCUCUGUACACCGUACACCACCGCCUCUCACCCGCGCGGCGUUUUGAUUUUUCUACUACUGUUGCUGCUGUGCUGCUAAAGUUUUUUCCACAUACACGCACCGCAACCACUACAAUCAAGUUAAAUUACCAGGACUCGGGCUGCAGUCGGAUAUACAAACUAUAAGAAAAAGUACAUGGGCAUGUCCUAGAACAGAAAAGAAGAAUAAGCUACAUGCCACGACGGCCAGCGAAAGCAGUCGACAGCAGCAACAACGACAACAAUAUGUAGGCUGCAUCAACCACAGCUACAGCAGCAGCAACAUAACAACAACUACAACUUCAACAACAACUACAACAACAAUAACAACAACUGUUUAAGAAGCAGCAGCAACAAUCAACACGAGAACAACAAGAAUUAAAAAAAGAGAGCGGCAACAUUAUUUGUGUCUAGUUCUCCUUAAAUGCAGCACGUGAGCGCUGCCAGUUCGGCACCUUCGGUGGUUUCAGCACCGGUGGUGACCACUGGCGGUGGCACCACCAUCACUUUGGGCGGACCGCCGCCAUUGCCCAGCAGCAAAUCAGAUCAUAAAGACGACGGCAACAAGCCGCCACACGGCAUUGAAAUGUAUAAAGUGAACAUUGAGGAUAUAUCACAGUUAUUUACGUAUCACGAGGUCUUUGGCAAAAUCCAUGGCGAUGUGGUGAAUCAUGUGGCGGCGGUGCAUGGCAGCCAGCUGCCACCGCCGCAGCUGCCACCGCCACCGCCACUACCGCCGCAGACGACGCAUUCGGCUAGCGCAGCUGCAGCAGCAGCGGCGGCGUCCACAAAUAAUGCAGCCGUCGCUGCUGUAAUGGCCUCGGCCAAUGCAGCAGCCGCGGCUGCAGCGGCCGCCUCAGCAGCGGCCACAGCCCAACAGCAACAGCAGCAACAGCAAGCCCCAGCGACAAGCACAAAUGCUGGAUCACAACAGGGCAGCGCCACGGUGACCACAACUAGCUCGGGCAGCAACGGGGGGAAUGGGGGCAACAACAACAACUCGACGACGACGACGACGGGUGAGUUGCUAAUGCCGAAAAUGGAGGGCGGCAUUCAUGGCGUCGAUGGGCAAUCGAGCGUUGCGUUGGCGCCGGAUGGCACGCCCAUAGCGACUGGUACGCAUGUGUGCGACAUUUGUGGCAAGAUGUUCCAGUUUCGCUAUCAGCUGAUUGUGCACCGUCGCUACCACAGCGAGCGCAAGCCGUUCAUGUGUCAGGUAUGCGGUCAGGGUUUUACCACAUCGCAGGAUUUGACCCGGCAUGGGAAGAUCCACAUUGGCGGUCCCAUGUUCACUUGCAUUGUGUGCUUCAAUGUGUUUGCCAAUAAUACGAGUCUGGAGCGCCAUAUGAAAAGGCAUUCAACGGACAAGCCAUUCGCCUGCACCAUUUGCCAAAAGACUUUCGCACGCAAAGAGCAUCUGGACAAUCAUUUUCGUUCGCAUACGGGCGAAACACCGUUCCGUUGUCAGUACUGCGCCAAGACGUUUACGCGCAAGGAGCACAUGGUUAAUCAUGUGCGCAAACACACGGGUGAGACGCCACAUCGUUGCGAUAUUUGUAAGAAGUCCUUCACGCGCAAGGAACACUAUGUUAACCACUACAUGUGGCACACUGGUCAAACACCGCAUCAGUGCGAUGUCUGCGGCAAGAAAUACACGCGCAAGGAGCACCUAGCCAACCAUAUGCGCUCCCACACCAACGAGACGCCGUUUCGUUGCGAAAUCUGCGGCAAGAGCUUUAGUCGCAAGGAGCAUUUCACCAAUCACAUACUCUGGCAUACAGCAGGCGAGACGCCGCAUCGGUGCGACUUCUGCUCCAAGACGUUUACGCGCAAGGAGCAUUUGUUAAAUCACGUGCGCCAGCACACGGGAGAGUCGCCGCAUCGCUGCUCCUACUGCAUGAAGACGUUUACGCGCAAGGAGCAUCUGGUGAAUCAUAUACGCCAGCACACGGGUGAGACACCGUUCAAGUGCACGUACUGCACGAAAGCGUUCACACGCAAAGAUCACAUGGUUAAUCAUGUACGGCAACAUACAGGCGAAUCGCCGCACAAGUGCACAUACUGCACCAAGACGUUUACGCGCAAGGAGCACCUCACGAAUCAUGUGCGACAGCACACGGGCGAUUCGCCGCACCGUUGCAGCUACUGCAAGAAGACCUUCACCCGCAAGGAGCAUUUGACGAAUCAUGUACGCCUGCACACUGGAGAUUCGCCGCACAAAUGCGAAUACUGUCAGAAGACGUUCACGCGCAAGGAGCAUCUCAAUAACCAUAUGCGCCAGCACUCCAGCGACAAUCCCCACUGUUGCAAUGUGUGCAACAAGCCCUUCACACGCAAGGAGCAUUUGAUUAAUCAUAUGUCCCGUUGCCACACCGGCGAUCGUCCUUUCACCUGCGAGACGUGCGGUAAAUCGUUUCCCCUCAAGGGUAAUCUGCUGUUCCAUCAGCGCAGCCACACCAAGGGCCAGGAGUGCGAGCGUCCGUUUGCCUGCGAGAAGUGCCCCAAGAAUUUCAUAUGCAAAGGUCACUUGGUCUCGCACAUGCGCUCCCAUUCGGGCGAGAAACCGCACGCGUGCACACUGUGCAGCAAGGCUUUCGUCGAGCGCGGCAAUUUGAAGCGCCACAUGAAGAUGAAUCACCCGGAUGCUAUGAUGCCGCCACCACCCGUGCAUCCGCAUCCGCAAAUACCGGCUGGUGUGCUGACCCAAGUCAAGCAGGAAGUGAAACCGAUCAUAAUUCCCCAUCAUUCGGCGACAACAACGAUGCACACCAUUCAGCAGAUAACAGCGGGCGCUGCAGCGGCUGGCGCCGGUGCCGUCCAGUUAACGCCUGGCUUGGUGCCGCUUGUCACCAGCUCGCUCAUCUCGCACAAUGCCCAGCAGUCGCAGAAGCAGCAGCAGGCGGCCGCAGCAGUUGCCGCACAACAGCAGGCGGCGGCAGCAGCCGCUGCCCAGCAACAGGCGGCGGCGGCUCAACAACAAGCGGCAGCAGCAGCGCAUCAGCAACAUCAGCAACAGGUGGCCGCGCAGCAGCAACAACAGCAACAGCAGGCGGCAGUCGCUGCACAUCAGCAGCAGCAACAGCAACUGCAGCAGCAGCAGUUGCUGCAAUUGUCCAUACAGCAUGCGGCGCAUCAUCACCAGCAGCAGCAUCAGCAGCAGCAGCAGCAACAGCAGCAGCAGCAGCAACAUCAUCAACAGCAACAACAACAACAGUCGCAUCCACAGGCGCCGCCUCAGCAACAACAACAGCAGCAGCCACCACCACAGGUGCCAAUUGCAUUGAUAAGUGAUCCAAGCGCGCUGGCGCGUGCCGCGAUGCAACUGCAGCAUCUGCCCACAAAUGUGGAGCAACAUCCGGUGGUUACUUACUGCAGUCUCAACCUCCGUGCUCUGAAUGAUAUGAUCGGGAAAAAUCGAAUUGCACUUACCAGUCUGGUGGGUCUACUGCUCGCCUCUUUGGGUCUAAUAUCUGUUCUUAAUUUAGAGCGCAUACAACGUCGCGCCUUGGAGUGGUUCAUGGUGCUCAAGCCCAACUCGAUGCUGAGCAGUCUCUGGCAAAAGCCAAGCUUAGACAUAACCGCCAGUGUUUACAUCUUCAACUGGACGAAUGCGGAACAGUUUAGCAAUCCGAAUGUCAAGCCGCGCUUUGAAGAAUUGGGGCCCUACUCCUUCACUGAGAAACAGGAAAAGCUGAAUGUGGUCUGGCACCCGGAGAAUUCCACUGUCUCCUAUCUGCGCCGUAGCCACUUCUACUUCGAUGAAGCAGCUAGCGCGGGCAAUCUUACGGACUCCAUUGUAGCCCCCAAUAUGCUGAGUGUUGGUAUCGUCAACAAAGUCCAGAACUGGAACCCGAUGCUGCGCACGCUGAUGCUGAUGGCGCUGAAUAUGAAUGGUAACGAGGCAACAUUCGUGAGGUCUGCCGAUGACUGGCUCUUCAAUGGCUUCGAUACUCCGUUAAUAAAGAUGAGCAAAAUGAUACCCAAUAACAUGAUGCCGGACUUGUAUUUCCCUUACGAACGCAUAGGCUACGGUUAUCCGCGCAACGGCAGCACCCAGAUCUAUGGGCAUCAUAAUGUCCAUACUGGCCAGCAGGACUUUAGUAAAUUGGGUCAAAUAGCUCGCUGGCGAUACGACAAUGUUUCAGCUGGCUAUCCCAGUUGCAAGUUGAGGGGUAGUACUGGCGAAUUUCAUCCCACUCCGCUGCGCCAGGGCGAGCCAAUUUCAUACUUUAUACCCGAUCUUUGUCGUGAGAUGCAAUUGGACUAUGCGGGCGCAACGCUCUUUAAGGGUAUCGAGGUUUACAUCUACAAGGGCACAGCAAGAAAUUUAGCAAAUGGCACUGAUAAUCCGGAGAACAGCUGCUACUGUACGGGUAGCUGCAGGGAGGUGCGCUCUGGUCUGAUGAAUGUAUCCUCCUGUUGGUACGAUGUGCCCGUUUUCGCCUCUUUGCCACAUUUCUAUAAUGCCGAUCCCUAUUAUGUUGAAGCAGUGGAAGGCAUGAAGCCUGACAAGGAUCGCCAUGAGAUGAGCGUUAUGCUAGAGCCCACCACUGGCAUACUGCUGGACAUCAAGGCGCGGCUAAUGAUCAGUCUCCUGGUAGAACCGCGUAGAGAAUCCAUCUUCCGCAAGUCACGCCGCACUUUCUUUCCCCUCUGUUGGGUUGACUAUAGGUUGCGAAUUUCGUCCGAUCUGCUAUUCUAUCUGAAACUGUUACCGAUCUCUGCACUCGUGGGAAAAGUCUGCGGUUUUAUAGCCAUAGCAUUAGGCCUCGGGCUGAUGCUUUGGUAUCCGCGACAGAUCCUUCUGCAUAAGCGGUACAUGCGAAAGAUUGAUAUCAAUAACCUGGAAACUCGCAUCCAAGCAGCGAGUAUGGAGGUUAAGACCCAUACAGCCGAGGGGUCCCCCCUACUCGUGGGAUUACAGUAUGUAGAGCCGGCAGGUGAUGGGGCUUGUGCAAGCUGAAAGCAUCUGAUUUGAAUGUUAUGAAUUUUAUGUGAUAAGGAUACAUUUCUAGGGUUUAUUAUGCUUAAGCCUAAGUAAUAAGCGUGUAAUACAUCGUCGAAUAUUUCGCGGUGUUUUAAAAAUGAAGCUAAUAAAAAGGAAUAUCAAAUAUUGCUUCAUACCAUCUUCAUUCAAGAAGGUCUAACAAAA